AUGGCGGAUAAGGAGGAAAACAGGCGGAAAACAGGUGGAAAGCAGAAGAGGAAGCGCCGCGAGAAGGACGAUGACGUGGUGAGCCUGAACAGCCUGGACUUCAAGGCCAUAUAUGAGAUGUCCAGGGGAGAGCAGGACCUGAUCGAAGACCUCAAACUCGCCAGGAAGGCCAUAUAUGAGAUGUCCAGGGGAGAGCAGGACCUGAUUGAAGACCUCAAACUCGCCAGGAAGCGUGAUUUGCUUUUCCCACCUGGAACUGACUCCUGGGUGUCCCGUUCCCUGCAGCUCCCACGGCUCCACGCCUACAAAGGCUACUGCAGCAACCAGCUGGCAGCCAAGGCCCUGCUGGACCAGAAGAAGCAGGACAGGAGAGUCCAGGACUUCCUGCAGCGCUGCCUGGAGUCUCCCUUCAGCCGCAAGCUGGACCUCUGGAGCUUCCUGGACAUCCCCCGGAGCCGGCUGGUGAAGUACCCGCUGCUCCUCAAGGAGAUCCUGCGGCACACGCCCAAGGACCAUCCCGACAUCCACAUCCUGCAGGAGGCCAUAUCCAUAAUCCAAGGGGUCCUCUCCGACAUCAACCUGAAGAAGGGCGAGUCCGAGUGCCAGUACUACAUCGACAAGCUGGAAUACCUGGAUGAGAAGCAGAAGGAUCCAAGGAUUGAAAGCAGCAAAGCCCUGCUGUGCCACGGGGAGCUGAAGAAUAAAAAUGGACAUAAGCUCUACGUGUUCCUCUUCCAAGACAUCCUGGUGCUGACCCGGCCGGUGACGCGCAACGAGCGCCAGGCCUUCCAGGUGUACCGGCAGCCCAUCCCCGUGCAGGACCUGCUCCUGGAGGACCUCCAGGACGGGGAUGUGAAGAUGGGGGGAUCCUUCCGAGGGGCCUUCGGCAACUCCGACAAAGCCAAGAACAUCUUCCGGGUGCGAUUCCAGGACUCGGGGCCGGGCCAUUCCCACACGCUGCAGGCCAACGACGUGUUCCACAAGCAGCAGUGGGUGAACUGCAUCCGCGGCGCCAUCGCCCCCUUCCAGAGCUCCACGGCCCCCUUCCAGAGCUCCACGGCCCCCUCCGAGCUCCAGGAGCUGCCGGAGCUGCGCGAGGAAUCCGAGGAGAACAACCCCUCGGUGCCCAACGUCCCGGCCCGCCGGCGCCGCUCCGGGAUAUCCCACAUGGAGCUGGACGAGGGCGCCUCCGGCCUGGACUCGGGGGAAUCCAGAGCAGGGGGGAAAGCCCCCAGAGCCUCGGCCGGGCUGAGGAGAUCCAGGGAGAAGCGGAAAGAAACGCUGGUGUAGGGAGAAGAGGAGCCCUGGAGGGGGUUCCUUCCCUCCUUCCCGGAGGGAAAACUGUUUAUUUAUAAAUAACGCCGUGGACAUUUGUGGGGUCGGGGCAGAUCCCGGGGUUCUGUUGGAAUGGCAGCUACUUGGUGUUCAACUCGGGGGGCUGGUUUUUACACAGGGAAAAACCCUCAGGCAAAUCCCAAAGCUGGGCUCUCCUCCUGAAGGAUUUCCUGGAGGGGGGAGAGCCUUUCAAAGUGGAGUCACUUUGUGUGUUGUGGCAACCCACGCAGAUUUCCAUGGAAAAACCAAAAAAACAAAAACCCCAAACCCAGCCCCCAGGUCCAACAGGUUCUCCAUUUACCUACUGGAAUCUUUUCACCUUCCCUUUGUACAUUCC